AAAUAGUGAGAGCACAACCUAUGAAGAAUCAUUUCAGACUGUUUCUGAUCCCGUAAAGACUUUCCAGGACCAGAACUACAGGCACCAUGGAUCCAAAGCAAAUGUGGAAUUAUGUGAGCUCUCCUCCAAAAACUAGUAUAACUUGCCUUGUUAUUACAAAACUGCUAUGCCUGGCUCUUCCCAUCGCUCAGAUUGCAAUAGGUGCAGUCUAUCUGCAAGACUGUCCCCAGCAGCACUAUAUCCCAGUGUAUGUGCUGGUUUGUGGAGUGUUUGGUGUAUUUCUGGCCUUGCUGUCUUGUCUGCCCUGCGCUAGAGAGACAGAGGAGGGAGGUCAAACCACGCUCGGCCAUUUCUGCAAUGUGUGGAAUGCUCUAGUUUCUACCUUCUUGUUCUGCUGGAUGAUUAGUGGCAGUGUGUGGAUUUAUUCUAUUUAUCCUCCUAACUACAACCAAACCCUGGCUGGAGAUCCCUACUGCAAUAAGACCCUCUACCUGUUUGCAUUCUGGACCACCACGCUGGCAUACAUUCUUUUAGGUGUGGCCCUGUUCAUAGGGUGCUGUUUUUGUAUCUGUGCUUGCAUUUGUGGAUUAGCAAAGGACUAGAAAAACUCUGUGGGUAAUCUUAAUGGAUCUUGAUGACAGGAGUUUGUGUGAUAAAUUCAAUUGAAUUUUUUGUAGAAAUAAUGUGUUUAAAACUAAUGUUUAAUUGUCUUUAAAUUUGAUUUGAUUUUGGUAGCAUUUUAAGCAUUGAAAGUGAUAAAUGGGUGAGAAUCGAUGUCAUUGCUUUUGCUUACAAUGAAAAUUAAAUCUUCUUAAUAUUACCUUAA